UUUCGGAGCUUUUUCCCUCGAACCCAUUCUGUCCUUUCAAAUCAAUUUAUUUUAUAAUAUCAUAAGUUCUUGUACUGUAACUUAUCUUUUAUUACCACAUAAAAAUGACACUGUUUCCAGCUGGUUGUAUUUUGAUUGCUCUGUCUCUGUUAAGCUCCACUCAUGGCAAUACUAUUGUAUCUCGAGAAUUAUGUGGAGGAUCACUGCAUGUUGAAAACUCGGUCGUGAUUGACAUUCCGUUGCUAGAAAAUUGCGAUUGGGAAAUCCAAACCGAUAACGAUCACAUACUCGUCUUUGAUCUGGUUCAUCAAGAUUUGAAUUUCGAACAAUCCAAAGAAUUUCUCGCCAUUCACGACGGACUAGGAAAAGAUUCUCCAAUGAUUAAACAAGGGAAUCAGAAGCAUCACGAGGUGGGCCUAACAGCAAUCAACAAGUUAAAUCGUUAUCUCUACAGCACUAGUUCGGUGGCCCAAGUGCGAUUUAAGAAUGCGCCGACUUCUUCUUUGAAACUCAGAAUUCAAAAGGCUGUCGAUUGCCCUUUUAGUAUCGGAGUCGAGAGCCAAUGCGGUCGAGUUGUCGAUGAAACUUCCUGUUACUGUGCGACAUUCACUAAGAGGACUCAGCCGUCACAAACUACGUUUUGCAAUAGCAGCCAAAUGAAGUUACUGGCUAUUGAAACUUAUGCGGAGGAGCAAGCCAUUUACGCUGCUUGGGGUGCAACGAUUAAUUUUUGGACUUCUGGCUCGGAUGUUUAUAACGAAGGAACUUGGAUCUGGGAGUCGACGGGUGCAAGAAUUUACCCCGGUUACGCCAACUGGGCCACUUUUGAGCCCAAUAAUAAUGAAAACAGUGAAGACUGCAUAUUCAUCGUUAACGGUUGGUACGAUUAUUCGUGCGCAUCUACCUUUGACGCUAUUUGUGAAGCGCAUCCACCCGAUAGCCCAAUUGUUUCAACUACGUUACCAUCACCUACUUUACCACCGACUACGGCGUAAUCAGCAUCCUACAUGGAUUGAUGAUAUCAAUGCAUUCUUGUAGAAAAUUCCCCGACUCUGUUUUUACUUCCUAAUAUAUCCCUGUCGUGCCUAUAAUUCACUUUGAUUUUUCUUUGGCGUGAUUUCGAUUGGUUUUUUCUUGGUUAUUUGUACUAGAUGUAUAAAUAUACGUGAGUUUGUAAUCGA